CUGUGCGCCCCGCGCGCCCCUCGCCGCGACGCCGCCGCCGCACCCCGCAGGAGCGCGGAGGCCCGUGCACUCGCGCGCCAGCCGGGCCCAGGCGCGGACGGGCUGGCGAGGGGCGGGCGCGCGUCCUCGCCGCUUUGGAUGGAAGGAUCGAGGUCGGCGGAGACGGCGGCCAGGAGAUCCUGAGGCUAGAGCUCCUCCACAGCCCCGCGCCCGCGACAUGCCGCGGGAGAGGUGCCGCGCCCCUGGCCCGCGUCCUCGCCAUGGAGGUGCUGCGGCGCUCCUCGGUCUUCGCCGCGGAGAUCAUGGACGCCUUUGACCGCUCGCCCACCGACAAGGAGCUGGUGGCCCAGGCCAAGGCGCUCGGCCGGGAGUUCGUGCACGCGCGGCUGCUGCGCGCUGGCCUCGCCUGGAGCGCGCCUGAGCGCGCCGCUCCCGCCCCCGGAGGCCGCCUGGCCGAGGUGUGCGCGGUGCUGCUGCGCCUGGGGGACGAGCUGGAGCUGAUUCGGCCCAGCGUCUACCGCAACGUGGCUCGCCAGCUGAACAUCUCCCUGCAGUCUGAGACCGUGGUGACUGACGCCUUCCUGGCUGUGGCCUCUCAAAUCUUCUCUGGAGGCAUCACGUGGGGCAAGGUGGUGUCCCUGUACUCGGUGGCCGCAGGGCUGGCCGUAGACUGUGUGCGGCAGGCCCAGCCUGCCAUGGUCCACGCGCUCGUCGACUGCCUCGGGGAAUUUGUGCGCAAGACCCUGGCACCCUGGCUGCGAAGGCGCGGCGGAUGGACCGACGUCCUCAAGUGUGUGGUCAGCACGGAGCCCGGCUUCCGCUCCCACUGGCUCGUGGCCGCACUCUGCAGCUUCGGACGCUUCCUGAAGGCUGCCUUUUUCGUGCUGUUGCCAGAGAGAUGAGCCACUGCCUCCAGCACAGGCUGAACCCGGGCGCUCCGACCCAGGAGGCCCUGGCCCCCCGAGAGCAUCCGCAUCUUCGACCGGGCCGGGAAGGCUCCGGCGCUCAGAGCCCCGCCUUCGUGCUGGAGGCCCUGCCCUGAGCCCCUCGCCCGCAGACCCAAGCCCUCCGGAAGGGGCAGCAGGGGGGGCCUCCCUGGCCUGGAGCUGGGCUUCAGUGCCUUCCCCGUUGCUCCCCUUCCUCUGGAAAUUCUGCUCGUCCUCCUUCUGGAGCCAGAAAAUCAGGGUCAUCUCCCGGGUCUGAAAGGAAGGGAGAUGGGAACACCAGGCUCUCACUUGAUGGCCAGGUCCCCUACGUGAAGAGGGACCUGUCAGGACAUGAGCUGGCCUUGGUCCUUGUGGGCAGUGGGCCCUGCUCAUUUAGUCAGAAGGUGAUGCUGGCCUGGCCAAGGCUGAAGGAGCCGUGGGGUCUUACUGAUCUUGGAAACGGCAUAAAGCUUAUGUGCUGGUUGCUUCGUCCAUUUCUGGAGGGAUGGGUGUGUCCCCCUCCCAUGGCGGGGUCCCUGUGUGGCAGGGACCAGGGGUGGGGGCUCCAGGAUGGCACACUGACUUAAGAGUGCACGAGCCCAUGAACAGGAAGGUUGGUGUGUGCGUGUUCAAUUCCAAUAAAGUGUCACGGC